UUUGGCGCGUAUCUAGGACCAGAGCAUGGGAAGCUGCUCUUCCGUGGCGAACUGAACUCGGAUUUGUAUGGUCCACUGCAGACUGAGUACGAGAAGGGAAAGUUAGCUGGAACGGAUGUGUGGAUUCAUAAAGAUCGGAUGAGCGGUAUCUGGGGCCGGAACACUCCGCUAGAGGAGCACUUGACGAAACACAACAUCAAGACGCUGUUCUGGAGCGGUGUGAACGCCGACCAAUGUGUGCUUGGAAGCGUGGUUGACGCCUACUCUUUGGGAUACGACAUCGUCGCGGUCGAGGAUACAAUCGCUACUACUUCUCCUACCGGAGCGAAGGAGAACCUCAUGUACAAUAGUAUCAGAGUAGGUCAUGUUUUAGUGCAGGCACGCAUACUGUUCUCCGCUCCUUACGCUCUCUGCCUUCGUGAGCUUAUCUGGAUGGAAAUCGCCAACACCCCGUGUGCUGCGCAUCAGAAUAUCAAGUAUACUACUAGAACGCCCAUAUCAGUUACGAUAUACGAGUGA